AGCGAGCGUGGGUCGAGAUUCGCUUGCCCUAACUUUACCCCCAAAAAAAUCGAGAGAGAGAGAGAUGCAGAAACGAGAGUUUGCGAAAUCCGGCGGUCAGUCGGGUGGAUCUUCGGCUCCGCCAGCGAAGAGAGGCCGACCCUUCGGUAGUACGAGUGCAAACUCUGCAGCUGCAGCAGCUGCGGCGGCGGCGGCGGAAGCGAUGUCUCCGUCAGCUCUACUCGGUCCUUCUCUUCUUGUUCACAAUUCCUUCGUCGAGCAGAACAACAAGAGAAUAGUGCUGGCGUUACAGAGUGGUCUGAAGAGCGAGGUGACAUGGGCGUUGAACACACUUACACUGCUCUCCUUCAAAGAAAGAGAUGAUAUUCGUAGAGAUUUCACUCCUCUUGCUAAGAUCCCUGGCUUGCUUGACUCCCUUCUCUUAAUCAUUGAUGAUUGGCGUGACAUAGCUCUCCCUAAGGACUUAACAAGAGGAACUAGGGUCAGGUCUUUAGGUGUGAAUUCUUCUGUUACAGGAUUCGGGAGCGAGUACGAUGCUCUUGCCUCUCUUCAACCACCUGGAUCCGGAGCUGGCUCUGCAGCUGGUGAGGUGUUAGGGAAAAAGAGCAAACAUCUGUCAUCUCAGUGGUGGAAUGAAGAGGAUGGUUUGUUUAAUCUAGACGAUGAAGGCAGAGCAGAGAAACAGCUUUGCGCCGUUGCUGCAUCUAACGUCAUUCGCAACUUCUCCUUCAUGCCUGAUAAUGAGGUUGUAAUGGCUCAGCAUCGCCAUUGCUUGGAAACUGUUUACCAGUGCAUUAACGAUCAUAUGACCGAGGAUGAAGAGCUGGUCACAAACUCGCUUGAGACCAUUGUGAACCUAGCGCAUUUGAUGGAUCUUCGUAUUUUCAGCUCGUCUAAACAGUCAUACAUCAAGAUUAAUGAAAAGCAAGCAGUUCAAGCUGUCUUAGGGAUUCUCAAUUCUUCUGUCAAAGCUUGGAACUGUGCUGCUGCUGAACUGCUGGGCCGUUUGAUAAUCAAUCCAGACAAUGAACCUUUCAUUAGUCCCUUGAUUCCGCAGAUACACAAGAGACUAGUCGAUCUCUUGAGCAUACCAGCCGUUGAUGCCCAAGCUGCAGCUGUUGGGGCACUCUACAAUCUUGUCGAAGUAAACAUGGAUUGUAGACUAAAGCUUGCUAGUGAGAGAUGGGCGAUUGAUAGAUUGUUGAAAGUGAUAAAGACUCCGCAUCCGGUUCCAGAAGUCUGCAGGAAAGCUGCAAUGAUUCUAGAGAACCUUGUCUCCGAGCCACAGAACAGAGGGUUCUUACUGGCGUAUGAGAAUGCUUUUGCUGAGCUGCUCUUUCAAGAUGGCAAGUAUUCUGAUUCGUUUGCGAGGAUUUUGUAUGAACUAACUGCUAGAUCAAAUAGCAGAGUCGCUUCGGCUAGGGGAAUCUGGGGAAUGUAAUUUGUGGGUUUAGUCAGUCGAUGUCCUUCUCAGAAGAUUAGUGGUUUUGAUAAACUAUGCUGUAAUGUAUUAUUAGUAGUAGACUUCAUCAUUUGAUAUGUACUGUUAAAGCACCGUAUUGUUGAACAAAGUAGAUGGUGGUUUAUUCUUAUUA